GCUUUUUUCUUAAAAACCAACCCCUUCUCUUGAGUUAAAUGUGGCGCACUUUAGAGGAGAAAAUAGAAAGAAAAGAAAAGAAAAGAAAAAACCUGAAAGUGAGCACACAAAACUGAGAAAAAAAAAAAACGCUUCAAGUUUCAACUCAAAAUAGUGACAUAGAAAAAGAAGGAAAGAAAUCCCAAAAUCUCUCUCAACUUAUUCUUUGUUUCUGUCAAUUUUUUGUGGGAAUUUUUAUUUGUUGUUUUUGGAAGUGAAAAAUGGAGCAAAUUUUGGCUAUCUUUAAGCUUGAAGCUUGUGGUAUCAUCUAGGAGAGAAAAAAAGCUAUCUUCUUCUUUUGACUUUGUUUUAGUUGUAUUUUUGAAAGAUAGAAAAGGGGUUAAUGGGGAGGGGUUGCAGGAGGAUGAUAGCAGGGAACUUGGAUCCAGAAAGAAAAAGAAGUGGUGGGUUGAGAACAAAACAGGCUGGUAGAGGCUCUUGCAGAGGAAGUUAGCUUCAGCUGCUUACUUUUUUUCCUUUUCUUAUGAAUGUGGGAUAUUAUAAAGAUUGCAUUUUGAGUUGUUUUUGUUGGUUGUUUUGCCUACAAUAUCCAUAUUUUUGUCGGUUGAUAUAUAUUUGAGAAGAAGGAAAAGGGGAGCAGCUAUGGGUGGUUUGUUGAAAGAAGCUUUGAAGUCACUUUGUGGGGUGAGUCAGUGGUCUUAUGCUGUUUUUUGGAAGAUCGGCUUCCAGAAUACUAAAUUAAUAAUUUGGGAGGAAUGUUACUAUGAACCUGCACUGUCUUCUGUGCCUCCAUGCAUUACUGGACUUCAGAACUCUGAAUUACCAUUUGGAGAGUGGGAGGGAUGCUGGGGUUCUGAAACUUCCUCUCAGUUUGCUAGUCAACCAUGGGACAAAGUCCAUUUGCUGAUUAACAAAAUGAUGAUGAAUAAUCGCAUUAACAUAGUAGGGCAAGGGUUAGUUGGCCGAGCUGCAUUUACUGGAAAUCAUCAGUGGAUUCUUGCUACCAAUUACAUCACAGAUGCCCACCCCCCUGAGGUUCUAAAUGAGGUGCAUCUGCAAUUUACAGCUGGCAUGCAGACUGUUGCAGUUAUUCCUGUUCUUCCUCAUGGUGUUCUUCAGCUUGGUUCUUGUACAACUAUUAUGGAGAACAUGGGAUUUGUGAAUGAUGUGAAGAGUUUAAUUCUCCGUUUAGGAUGCAUCCCUGGAGCUUUUCUCUCUAGCAGCUAUGGAACAAAUGAAUGUGUUGACAAAAUUGGGAUUCCCAUUUCUUUAGGAAAGCCCAUUUCAAUGGAUUCAGCUGGAAUUUUUAGAUCUACAAAUUCCAUGAAUUCAGUUGCUGAAGGCUGCAACCAAAAAAGCAAUUCAUCCCAGGCUUUGAGGUUUAUUGGUCAAUCACCUACCCUGGUUAAACCAAUUGAAGAUAACUCACAGGGCACUGCUUCAUCUCAAUUGCCUGGCCUGGCCCAAACUCUGGUUAAAUCUCAUGAUGAUCACUGUGAAUCAACAAUCAGUCCAGAGAUGAAGCCAAGGCUAAAAUUUAAAAGUCAAAUUGACUGUGGAGUUGUUAGUGCUGAAGUGAUUCCUUCAAGCCCAAUGUUGUGGCUGAACCCUCAAGUUUCUUUUUGCAACUCACAGUCUGGGUUCGAUUGUCAGCCCAUAAUUGGUCAAUCAAUUGCCAGUCAUAGCAGUUUAAAAUCAGUGGAGCAACAGAUUUUGUCAGAUGCUGGUCUUCAAAAUCAUGUUAUCGACAGUGUUAGUGCUUCAAAUAGUCAAAUGAAGCCAAAAUCAUUCCCAGGCAUUGUUCCAAACUUGCAGAAGCUAGAAGAUGAUACUUUGUCUUGCACAAGACUGGCAGGGAGCAGGGUUCAGAAUGUUAGUUCAUCAAGAGUCGAGGUUCCUUUAUCCAUCUUGGCUAAUCAAUUAACUAGUACUUGUAUGCUUUCAGGAGUUUCUAAACAAGGGCAUGAUUCUGAGGAUUCUAAGUGUACUCGAGCUGAUUUGGUUCCAAAGAAAGAGAGUAUGGAUAAUUUUUUGUUCCAAGAACUUAAUAUUCGAUUGCUUCAUGCUGAUGAUGGCAUGCCUUUUAGUGAGCAACUUCCAAGUGCUAUUCAUGAUUGCCCGAAGCAUGAAAGUAAAAGUUUGAGUACUAGAUCCUUAAAUGUUAAGUAUGAAGAUGCAUGUGUCCAGCCUCCAUCAUGGGAUGACUUGUUUGAUGUGUUGGGGGCAGAUUUAAAGGGUAAACUACUCGAUGGGAAAUGGACUAAUGUGCUAGCUGAGGGACCAGAUAUGAAGAUGCAAAAUGGGGUUAAGGAUACUUCAAUUUUUAGGAAUGCACAGAAUGAGCAUUCUGAUAUUUUUUCGGCUAAGGAAGGGAAAUCAGACCGAGGUAUUUACUCUGGGGUGGGUACAGAUAAUCUUUUGGAUGCUGUGGUUUCUAGUGCACAAUCUGUUGCCAAGCAAAUAUCAGAUGACGACUUAUCAUGCUGGACAACAUUGACAAAGUUCAGUAACUCAUCCGUUCCUAGUAGUUCUCCCACCUUUGGCCAGGUUAAUAUUUCCAAUCCAGUGCAAAGGGAGUUGCUUGGUGGCCUUCCUAAGUCUUUGUUGAAAGGAGGAACUCUUCCUUCUGGUUCUUAUCGAUCUGGCUGUAGCAAGGAUGAUACUGGGACUUGUUCCCAAGCUACUUCUAUGUAUGGGUCUCAAAUCAGUUCAUGGGUUGAGCAGGGUCAUAAUUCUGUGCGUGAUAGCAGUGUCUCAACUGCAUAUUCAAAGAGGAAUGAUGAAAUGACCAAACCAAAUCGCAAAAGGCUAAAACCUGGAGAGAACCCUCGAUCCAGGCCAAAAGAUCGCCAGAUGAUCCAAGAUAGAGUGAAAGAAUUGAGGGAAAUUGUACCGAAUGGAGCAAAAUGUAGCAUAGAUGCUUUGCUAGAAAAAACCAUCAAGCAUAUGCUUUUCUUGCAAAGUGUAACAAAGCAUGCAGACAAGCUAAAACAAACAGGAGAGUCUAAGAUAAAAGAAAACUUUGAGGGAGGAACAACGUGGGCAUUUGAGGUUGCAUCACAGUCUAUGAUCUGCCCUAUUGUGGUUGAGGAUCUGAAUCCACCUCGGCAGAUGCUUGUGAAGAUGCUUUGUGAAGAACGUGGUUUCUUUCUGGAAAUAGCUGACUUAAUCAGGGGAUUGGGAUUGACCAUCUUGAAGGGAGUUAUGGAAACUAGGAAUGACAAGAUCUGGGCACGAUUUGCAGUGGAGGCAAACAGGGAUGUUACAAGGGUGGAGAUAUUUAUGUCACUUGUUCAUCUUUUGGAGCAAGCUGUGAAGGGCAGCACAUCAUCUGCCAAUGUUUUUGAGAGCAACAAUAUGAUGGUUCAGCACUCUUUCCCCCAAGCUGCCUCUAUACCUGCAACUGGCAGGGCCAGUAGUUUGCAGUGAACCACCUUGCUGCCUGGUUUUCUGGUUUAGAUAUGUUAAGAGCGAGCCGCAGCUUUGCUUGCCAUGACUAACAUACAGCCUGUAUACUUGGUUGGUUCUGAUCUUGACUAACUUUUUGGUCUCCUACAUGACUGACCUUGUUUUAGAGAGGGGGGAUUUGUUUAGGUAGUGAAAGCUUGUCAACAAGUUUCAAAUGGCCUGUUUUGAACAUCCAAGGUUCCUAUCAUGUACCUUCUGAAGAAACAGAAAAAGAAUUUCAGUCUCAAGGGUCCAUUUAGGAAAAAGAAAAGGCUCCUUAGAUAUUUGGAUUUUGUUGAAUUCAAUUUGAUGGUUACUCCUGUAGGCAUAAGGGUGGGCAUCACAAUAGUUCAGGUGUUGUGGUUCUCAAUGGUAUAGAGGAAUGGGAUGUCAAUGAAGGGGAAGAGGUGUUUUGCCACCUGCCUAGGGACUGCAUUUUGUUUGCUUUUUCUUUCUCAUCAACUGCCCUGGUUUCUUUUUUCUUGAGUUAGGAAUGUUUAAUAUCUUGUGGCAGGACUGGAAUGUUUACUUUCUGCAAAUCUUUGCGGUUGCUGAAUGAUCUCUUUGGUUUAAUAGCAUUGUUGUUGUAAACGUUUAAUUUUAUCUGAGAUUUUUUCCGGAAUCGAAAAAUGGGCUUUGGCCGGAAAGUGGAUCCGAUUGGAAAGUUUCAGGCCUAA